AUGCUCAUCACUUGCCCUUUCCGCUUCUCAAACAACAAUUUCCACUCGGCGGCAGAGGCUGCGGAGAGAACAGACCCCGUGAUUAAGCACCGAACCGUUUUCUGUAAAGAUGCGUGGUCCAUUCAUCCUCACCCAAGAGUGAAUUACCAUUCGACAUUGUCAUCGGCGGUAGGGCUACGGCCAGUCGCCAUCAACCCAAGGCGACCCUCCCAACAGAAGCGAAACCAACCUGAAUCACAAAUUCCCAACAGCUGCAGCCCGUUUUUGGAUAAGCCGCAUCCCACAUGCAUCUGUUUCCGCUCUUUCCACGCUAUCUCCUCUGCCGCACGGCCGCACGGACGCUACGAGGACACACUCGUCAAGUUUCCAUAG